AUGGCUCCCGCCGUCCCCUCCCUCGGCAGUGCCAACCCGCUCGCACUCGUCGAGUUCAUCGCGGCCUCCAAACGUCACGCCUUCCUCCAACCGCCCGCUUCGAUCCCCUCCGCCUCCCUAAACCUUGUGAAGGAUACUCUCGAGUCCUUUGCCGGCCACGUUGGAGAGGAGCAGCUCCGUCUCUUAAGAGAGGAGAACAGGAAGAGAAAAAGGUCCGAGAGGUUAAAGCCGGAUGAGGCCGAGGUGUUAAAAGUUCGAAAAGUCCACGUCGACGGCUUUGAGACGAACCAAGUAUGGCAGCAGGCGAAGCGAAUCAUUUCCAGUGCGUUAAAAGCUCUGAAGAUGCCUUACGCGAACUCGAGGAGGGGGUCCUCUGGAGAAGAAUAUGGCAGCGAUGGUAGCGAUAUUGAGGCGAGAUUGGAAGAUCUAGAGAGCGACGACGAACUGGGAGAAGAUGUCGACUUUGGAGACGAAGAUGGGAUGGGGCUUGAUGGCGAGGAGGAUGGUGAAGAUGGGGAAGAAGAUGGAGAGGGGCUCGAAGGGGAUGAGGUUGAGGACGACGAGGAUGAAGAUGCCGAAGAGUUCGUGGAAGAUGUACACGGACUGAACGAUGGCUUCUUCUCCAUAGACGACUUCAACAGACAGACGCAGUGGUUUGAGAACCAAGAUGCAAGAGGAGACCCCAACACGGAUGUCGCAAGCGACGACGAAGAUAUCAAUUGGGAUGCGGAUCCCUACUCUACCGAAGCGAUAAUAGCCAAGAAGGGCAAGAAGGCGGAUAAGACAAAGAAGGAUGACGACCGUUUCAACCUUGGGAUGGACGAAGAUGACGAAGAAGAAGCGGACGACGACGACGACGAAGAAGGCGGCCCUACUUUUGGAAACAUGGAUCUCUACGCUCCCGAGGGAGAUAGCGAUAAUGAAAUGGGCGGCGAUUUCGGCCAGGAAGGGGAAGAGGAGGAUGAUGGUGGCGACAAUGCAAACGACAUCUUUUACAAGGACUUCUUCGCUCCGCCGCCCAGAAAAUACAAGGAGGGCAAACCGAGACGGAAGAAUGUUCGCUUUGAGAAGCCCGCCGAUGCUGAUAUCGACCGCGCCAUCUCCAACGUCCGCCGUGACCUGUUUGAGGAUCUGUCCGACCGCGAGGACUCGGACGACGCACUUUCCGAAGCCUCAGCUGGCGACCUCAAGUCCCGAAAGUCGGUCCACGAGAGGAGGCAAGCCAAGAUUGCUGAAGAGAUCCGAAAACUCGAGGCCGCCAACGUAGCCAAACGUGAAUGGACGCUCUCGGAGGAUCUCGAUUUCGAGCACGUUGGAAAGCCCGUCCUUGUCAUCACUCCCGAAGUUACCGAGGGCAUCGAGGAUCUUAUCAAGCGCCGCAUUCUCGCCAACGAAUUUGACGAUAUCCUGCGGCGCCGUCCCGAUUCGGAUCCGACCGCCAACGGUCGCCGCGGCCUCGUCGACGUCGAGGACACCAAAUCGAAAAAGGGCCUGGCCGAGAUCUACGAGGAAGAGCACGUGAAGAACGCCAACCCCGACACCUACGUCAGCCAGGCCGACGAAAAGCUGCGCAAGGAAGAACAAGAGGUGGAGCAAAUGUGGCGCGACGUCAGCGCCAAGCUCGACGCCCUCAGCAGCUGGCACUACAAGCCGAAGCCCUCGGCGCCCACCAUCACCGUCGUCGCCGACGUCGCCACCGUUGCCAUGGAAGACGCUCAGCCUGCCACCGCCCAGGGUGUCGCCGGCGGCGAGAGCAUGAUUGCGCCCCAGGAAGUCUACCGCGCCGGCGCCUCCAAGGAGACGGUCGAGCAGGGCGAGGUCGUGCCCAAGUCGGGUCUGCCCGUCGCCAGGCAAGAAAUGACGCGCGAAGAGAAGCUGCGCAGGAGGCGGCGCGACAAGGAGAGGAAGCGCAAGGCUGGCGCGACGGGCUUGGCGGCCGCGAACGGCGCCAACAGGCAACCCGGCGCCAAGCGAUCCAAGACGGACACGCUCGCGGACCUACGGAAGGGAGGCGUCAAGGUGAUCAACAAGAAGGGCGAGAUUCUCGAUGUGGACGGCAACAGGCCUAAGGCGGCCCAGCUUGUCACGAGCGGUGGAUAUAAACUAUAG